UUGAUAUUUCCCGCUGGCACGAACGUCUUUUAUUGGUCACCGGGUAGCGCGGUCGUGCGAAUAAUAAAGACACACCUACCUAUUGACUUGCCAACACCUGGUGUGGAGGGAUACAGGGCGGCAACUCCAUGGCAUGCCACAAAACCAGCAUUUACAAGAAAAAAUUCGAAAAAGCGUCCUCGGAUCUUGCUGAUGGAAAAUCGACCGACCAAUGAAAUUGCACGAAACCGUCGGAACCUCCCGGAAAGACCCUCUGACGCACACGCGCGAGGGCGCGGCUCGCCUGUGUGCUUUGCGGCCUGCUAUGUGGCACAGCACAACACCAUUGCGCGGUCCCACUCUAGAACACAUGCCUCAUGACACACCCGAGCAGCAGCCGGGCGGUGAAGCCACGCAGACACCUGCCGCCGCCGCUGCUGCUGCUGAAAAAAACAGCAGCAGCAGCAGCGGCGGCGGCGGCGGCGGCAGCGAGGUUGAGCCUGGCUCUCUUCCACAAUUUUCUUAUUUUUGACCAACUCCUCCUUCGUUUCCUCCAGCGUUCUCUCUACGACGGUGAGGCUGCCGCGUUCGAUAGCGCGCCGCGUGUUAUCUUCUGCUGACGUGGCAACCAUAAACUGCCCCGUCCUCUCUUCAAACUUCGUUUUGUGUUGAUUCAGCUUUCGCGCAGCGCGCCUCCUGCUGCCGAACGGCGCGGGCCUCGAUUUUUUUUUUGGGAGGGUCUGCUGGUGUGGGCACUGCAGCCCCCCUGGAGGGGCCGUUUUCAGACAAGUAGAUCUCGUGGUUGGCUGAUGCGAUUCGGAUGCGGUUUGUUGUGUGGUAUAGCUGUAAACCCAAGGUAGAGGGCUGUAAGCUCGCUUUGUCGAGAGGAGCAACGGUCGCCUUGGGCGUGGAGCAAAGAGCCCCAAAAAACAUGUUUUUUGGUGUUGUUCGUCCGCCGUUUAACUUGAAGAGAAAACCGAGCUUACAGUUACCUCUAUUGGACCUGUGUCCAGGUGUGUGUAACGCAUGAAGAGCCAUGCUGCUGUCUGGGCGCAGAGCUGCCUGUACAAACAAAUUGACUUGAU